AUGGCGGAAAUUUUAAAUAUUCAACGACCAAUCAUAUUUGAUGACUCUAUAGCUCAUUGUGAGGUGCAUGCGCAUCAACCGUAUGCGUCAUCAACUCUAAACAACAACGAUGAAGUGAGGAUAACAAUUCAAAAUCAAAACUUGUGUAUACUUCCAAGCAAAAGUAUACUACAUAUCACCGGUAAAUUCACGAAAAAUGAUAAUACAGCUGUUGCUGAUACAACUAAAUUUGUAAACAUGGGAAUAGCUCAUAUGAUCAAAGAGUUUCGACUAAUAAUAAAUGGAGUUGAAGUGGAUCGGAAUAACAAUGUUGGUAUAACUAGUUUAAUGAAAGGAUAUUUAUCAAUUAGCCCAAAUCAAUUGAGUAUUUUGGAAAAUGCUGGCUGGUUGAUGGAUAAUGAGGUUAAGUUUACCGACAAUGCAGGAAACUUUGACUUUAUCAUUCCACUUAAUAUUCUAAGUGAUUUUGCUGAAGAUUAUCUUAAAGUUUUGAUGAAUGUUCAACUUGAGAUAAUUCUAACAAUAUCAAACAGUGAUAUAAAUUCUUACAUACAAACUGCUGCUGCUGCUGCUGCUGCUGAAGAAGUAAAAAUCACACUCCAAAAAAUUGAAUGGAUUGUACCAUACAUAACUCCAGCAGAUAAGGAAAAAAUUCAAACUCUGAAUUACAUCGCCAGUGAUCCCACUAUACCAAUAAGUUUUCGAACUUGGGAAUUGUAUGAGUAUCCUCUGUUACCUGCAACUUCAAAACAUAUUUGGGCAGUCAAAACCUCAACUCAGCUUGAAAAGCCACGUUACGUUGUUCUUGGAUUCCAAACAGCAAGGAAAAAUAAUGCUCGGAAAGAUGCUAGCAAAUUUGAUCACUGCAAUUUACGAAACAUCAAAUUAUUUCUAAAUUCACAAAGUUAUCCCUAUGGCGACUUGAAUUGA